GCAGUUGGCGUUAGCAAGCAGAAGAUCAUAUGAAAUAGCAGACCUGAGAGGAUGAGCCUUUGAGCCCCUAAGGACCAACCUUUCUAGAUCACAGCCAUUGUCACCCCUUCUUUCCACAUCCCUACUGGAGAUACCUCUGCUGCAGCCAGCCUGUCCGGAGAGUCCAGCUCCAGGAGUCAGGAAUCUUGAACGUUUUCUCCCUUCUGCUGUGGCCUUGUCUUUCCGAAUCUCCAGUGCAGAAAUGGACAGCACCGGUCAAAACAAUCUGAAACGGAAUAAAUCUGAGAAGAAAUUAUUGAGGAAACAGAUCAAGGCCAGAAACACUUUAAUGAGGCAUGAGGGCAUCGAGUGUGUAUCUCACACCACCCAGAACUUGGUCGUUGCCAAUGGAGGUCUGGGUAAUGGUGUGAAUAGACACCAGCUGCUCAGGCUAGUAGAGGAAUGUGGAUUGGUGGAAGCACUCUUAAUGCCUCCAAAUAAACCCUAUUCAGUUGUGAAAUAUGGGUCGACAGAAGAAGCCAAGAAAGCCUAUGACACUCUCAAUGGGAAAGAGAUAACACUGGAGGACUCCAACCAAAAUGUUACUCUGUAUGUUAACUUUGUGGAAAAAGUGCAUUGGGAGGACAUUAUACCUAUUAGCCUGCCUCCAGGCCUGAUGAUGGUUGAAGAGCUCGUGUCUCCUGAAGAAGAACAAAAGAUGUUGGAAAGUAUUGAUUGGACAGAAAAUGAAGUCAUUCAAAAUGCCCAGAAGUCUUUAAAACACAGAAGGGUAAAGCAUUUUGGAUACGAGUUUCGAUAUGAUAACAACAAUGUAGAUAAAGAUAAACCAUUGCCUGGAGGGCUCCCGGAAAUUUGCAGCACGCUUCUGGAGAAGUGCUUGAAGCAGGGAUAUAUCAAACAUAAACCUGAUCAGUUAACAAUAAACCAGUAUGAACCUGGACAAGGAAUUCCUCCUCAUAUUGAUACUCAUUCUGCUUUUGAGGAUGAAAUAAUCUCUCUCAGUUUAGGAGCUGGGGUACUAGUACACAAAGAAUGCAAGUGUGUGCACCUGCCCAAGUGGAGAUUGAAUUCGGAUAAUCAGGCCCUGGAGAUUGUAAUGGAUUUUAAGCACCCAGAUGGCCGUACAGUGGCGGUUAUGUUGCCUGAACGGAGUUUGCUGGUGAUGACUGGAGAAUCCAGAUAUCUGUGGACUCAUGGGAUCACGCCUCGAAAGUUUGAUAUCGUUCAUGCAUCUGAGCGACAGAAAGUUGGAUCAGUCACUCCUGAUGUUGGAGAUUUGACAUUGAACAGGAGGGGAACAAGGACAUCGUUUACUUUUAGGAAAGUGAGGAGAAGCCCUUGCAAUUGCACUUACCCUUCUGUAUGUGACAGUCAGCAAGGCUGUCAAAGAGAGGAAGCACCCUCAUUCCAUGACAGUGAGACAGAGGCCUCAAAGCUGGAACAAGAGUAUGUACACAAGGUGUAUGAAGAGAUCGCAGCACACUUCAGCAGCACCAGGCAUAGUCCAUGGCCCAAAAUUGUUGAGUUUCUUAGGACUUUACCAAAAGGCUCUAUAGUGGCUGACAUAGGUUGUGGAAAUGGGAAAUAUCUUGGAAUCAACAAGGACUUGUACAUGAUUGGCUGUGAUCGUAGCCAAAACUUGGUGGACAUCUGUGGAGAAAAGAAAUUCCAGGCGUUUGUCUGUGACGCGUUGUCUGUGCCAGUUCGAAAUAGUUCUUGUGAUGCCUGCAUCUCCAUUGCUGUAAUCCACCAUUUUUCAACAGCAGAGAGAAGACUGGCUGCUGUCCGUGAAUUAGCCCGGCUCCUAAGGCCUGGCGGAAAGGCACUCAUUUACAUCUGGGCAAUGGAACAAGAAUACAACAAACAGAAGUCAAAGUACCUUAAGGAAAAGAGAGCUAGUAAAGGGAAAGAGGAGGAAAUCAAUACAGAUGUGGCCUGGGGAUUGUUCUGUGAUCAAAUGCAUGACAACGGUAGCCAAGACUCAGCAUGUUCUGACCGAGUCCUUAAUGACUCUAAGGACAAAGGCGGCAAUGCAAAGCAGGUAAUUCACUCCAAGCUGCCUGUUCAUACUAACAGAACAUCCUUUCAUUCUCAAGAUGUGCUGGUUCCCUGGCACCUGAAAGGGGGCACUAACAAGAAAGGGGAAUGUGUCAAAGCCCUUCAGCUUCCAGCUGGUUCUAAGGAAUUUCAAGAAUUCAGUCCUGUUUUCCACCGCUAUUAUCAUGUGUUCUGUGAAGGAGAACUGGAAGCAGCCUGCAAAACCUUGGAUUGCAUAAGAAUUCAAAAGAGUUACUAUGAUCAGGGAAACUGGUGUGUGGUUCUUGAAAAACAGUAACCCGCUGCACUUCCUCCUGUGAAUCUGAAAGAGAUGCUAUUUUCAGCCUAAAUCUUUGCCUGUGAUAGUACUGUGCAGAGGCAUUUUAAAACCCAUCCUGCAGUUGUUACUGCCUUUAAAAUUGUACAAUAAACACAGUUAUUUUAAGACAUUAGCCAAGGUUA